AUGAUCCGUAUGAAAAGAUUUAUCGCUAGUGCCUAUGGAAUUUCUAGCAUAGAGAAGCUCACUGAUGUUGUAUUUAGUUUUGAUGAAUUUCAGGAUUUAGAUGAUGAAGAGUUCAACUUUUAGGAUAAAGAUAUUACAGAAUUUAUUGAUAAGUUUUUAGAAGCUAUCUCUACAAAUAAGAAUUUGAAUUCAUUGAUAAUUGAUGAUAAAAAGCUUUUGUUUGACGCUUGCAUAGUUUUUAAAAACAGAAAUUUUAAACACAUAAAGGAGUUCACUUUAAUCACAAAUGAUGACAUAUUUCUAAAACAAUCAUCUCACUAAGAUAUUCCUAAAUUUAUUGAAUCAUUAGAAUAAAUUGUUAGCUUAAAACUUAGCUUCAAUAAAACUGAUUUUCCAUAGCAACUACUAAUAGAAAUUGCUUAGUCUAUAGGAAAGUUAAAUCAUAUCAAAAAGUUAAGCUUGUCUUUCAAGCACUCUAAGAAGUUUAAUGAUGAAGUUUUAAAAGAAUUUUGCAAAAAUUUAGAAAAAUUGAAUUAAUUAUAAGAACUACACUUAGAUUUAGAUAAUUCCAAUAUAAGCAAUGAAGGUUUUAUUGAAUUAGGUAGUACAAUAUCUAAGAUAAAAACUUUAAGAAAAAUAUUUAUAAAUGUUCAAAGAAACCCAAAUAUUAAUGAAUAAGGUUCAUCACAAUAUUUUAAUCAUUUACUUUCGCAUCCUAAUUGCAUUAAUUUUUAAACCUAAAUGCUAUUUUAAUUCGAAGAUAAAGAACUAAAUCCUAACUUUAAACCUCUUGUAGAAUUUUAAGAUAAAGUAAAAUCCUUAACCUAGAAACUAAAAGCUCGCUAUUCCACAAAUGCUACUCCAAAUUAUUUAAAUAAAACAUUUUAGUAAAAUUAAUUAUUUUUAGGAUCAUCAUAUUAAUUUUAAAAAUUGACUCCAUUAAAAAGCAUCUAACAAUAAACUAUUUUCAAAAUAAUUCCUAAAAUUAUUAAUCUUAUUAAAAAAUGA